AUGAGCAACAACAACAACGGGCAGCAAGAAAUAGUCAUUAACGAGUCGACACCCCUUUUGCAAACUGAACAACAACAGCGGCAGCAACGGAUCCAGAAUGCAAAGUCGGAAGCGUUUGGCUUGAUCCUCAUGACACUGUCAGCUCUCGCCUUUUCGACCAUGUCACUCUUUGUCAAACUAAGUGGAGCCUCAUUUGCCUCAUUUGAAAUCGUGGCUGCACGUUCGAUUGUUCAAGCUGCCCUUGGCUUGGUAGGAUGUUAUAUGCUUGGUAUCAAUCCUCUCGGUAAACCCGGUGUACGCAAAUGGCUUUUUGUUCGAGGCUUCGUUGGAUCCACCGGUUUGGCCUUAUUCUUUUACAGUAUUACACAAUUGCCAUUAGCAGAUGCUACAGUGGUCUUCUUCCUCAGUCCCACAUUCACAGCCAUCCUUGCUGCGCUUAUUCUUCGUGAAGCAUUUACAUUCUUCGAUGGCAUAUGUGCAACCUUGUGCAUGGUGGGUGCAAUCCUCGUAUCCAAGCCUACUUUCUUAUUCGGUGGUGAUGACAUGGAAACCGGCUCUUUGCAACGUGCAUUGGCAGUGCUUGCAGCAUUGGUUGGUGCAUUGAUGGCAGCCUUCGCUUAUGUUACUGUACGCAAGAUUGGAAAAGGUGCUCAUUUCCUCGUUCAUACCGUUUACUUUGGUGUUAUCUCCACCGUCACCGCAAUUCCUAUGCUGUUUGCAUUCCAAGAAUACGUUGCACCUGAAGGAUGGAAGGAAUAUGGUAUGCUCUUGAUGACUGGUGUCCUUGCAUUCAUCGGUCAAUGCUUAUUGAACAAUGGCCUUCAACUUGCACCUGCUGGUCCAGGUACUUUGAUGCGCAUGAACGAUGUCGCCUUUGCCUUUGCCUUUGGUAUCCUUAUCCUACACGAAUACCCUGACGUUUACAGUGUUACCGGUGCACUUCUCGUUGUUGGUACAACGGUUGCUAUGGGUGUGAAGAAAUGGUUCAAGAGUAAACAGCAAUAG